AUGAACGAACAGAAGAAGCGCACAGACCAGCACCCCCUCGAGGAGGACCUCAAAUUCGACGGCCCCUGUGACAACAAGGAGAAUAACAACGAUGCGCAUGUCGUGAACAUUUCAAACAUCGCCACCAUCGACUUUGCCAAUCUGGAGAAGGAGUUCCAGAGGAUUUACAGGUCCCCGUCGCAGGAGCGACCGCCAUCAGUCAACGAGUCAAACAGAGCGAACCAAUCAGAUAAGGCAAACAAAUGGAAUGAAGAGAAUUACUUCUGUGGAAAGACCGACAAGGGGCCCCACGUGAUGGUGAACGAGCCGAGUGAGGAGACGCUACACACAGAGUGCUCUGGAAUGCACAACGAAAGUUCCAUCGGAAGGGUCAUCUCAAAGGGAGAAGGAAAACAACGUAUUGAUCACUAUGGAGGUACGCUGCAAGCCCAGUUUCAGAGGAGCAAACCCACGGGGCUAAGCAGGCAGGAGAACUUCUCUUCGACCAACUCCAUUGAGAAGAUCUUAAAGAGUAUCCAGGAGAACACCAUCUUGGGGACAGACAGGGGGGAAGAUGGCAACUCCGGUGGGUGCAGCUCGAACGUGGGUGCGGGUGAGGCGAAUGCGAUGGACCCAGUGGAGGCUAUUCACCCGGUGGGAGGUCUUCACCCCACGAAUGUUGCACUCGCCGCGUCUCCUCGCGCUUCUUCUAUCGCUAUUCCUACCGCUUUUCCUGGAUCUUCUCCUACCGAUUCUGCUCCCGCUUCCCCUGCUGCUUCACCAAUCCCUUCGCCAACCGAUUCUGCUACCGCUUCACCUGUCGCCUCGCCAACCGCUUCUCGUAUUUCUCCCCCCGAUUCGCUUUCCCACAUGUGCCGCCUGUGGUGUGAUGACAAGCCCUUUGCGUACCGCUGGGGGCGCGGCAUGAGUAGGCAAGAAGUACAACGGUGCGUGCACAACUUCUGCAUCAACAUCGCGAACGAGGAUUUCUAUCUCGUGCGUCUGGAAAAACUCACCGAAGAUAACCUCUUCAAGGAGAAACAAAAAAAUAUACAAAAAAUACGACUAAAAGGGGGCAUUUACGCAUAUUACAGAAUCUGCGAGCGAUAUGAGCAGCAGUCAUUAGGAGAUGUGAAACCAAAUGAGGAAUACCUAAUAAGAAGGAAGAACCACGUGCAGGAGAAGCUCAUGGACCCUCUAAACUUCCCGGAGGUGCUGAGAGCCAUAGAAUACACAAAGGAAGGAGGAAAUCUGCUGAAGCAUACUGUUUAUAGCAUUCCUCACUUGCGCUUCUUCUUCGUAAGUAAGGAUUUGAAUUUCAUUAAAUGGUUUUCAUCCAGGAAGACAGAUGAGCAGUGCAAGAUUUACUUCCGAACGAUAAAUAGCCUCGAAAUAAGGACCGUCCAUGAAGACAUCCUGGAGAAUCUCAAGGUCGAUAUCUUGAAGAGGCUAUCCUUUUCCAUCGUCUACAUGAAUGAAAAGAAGAAGGUAACCCUGACGUGUAAAAGUUUGCCAGAGUUUAACUAUUGGGUCACCACCAUCAGGGCUCUCAUGUUCCGCGCGAAGAGGAUGAAGACGACUCGCAGCGUUCUGUUGUCCCAUGUCAGCGGAGGGGAUUCGGACGAAAGGGUGAGAGACAACACACUCACUCGAGAGUUGUCAGAUAGCAUUGCACAUUAUACAGGAGGGGAGGUGGACGUGAGAAGGACCGAUAGGCGUGAGGUCAACUUCUGUGGAUCUUCCAGAGCUUCUAUACCUUCCAGGGCGUCUAUACCUUCGAGGGCGUCUAUACCUACCAGGGCAUCUGUACCCUCCAGAGCUUCUAUACCGUCCAGAGCUUCUAUACCUUAUGGACAGGACGAUCCCUCCAAAACGCCCCCUCACCAGAGGGAAGUGAAAUCGAAGGUGUCCCAAUCGAAAGGAGAAGAAGUUUCAACGAGGAAGAGACUUGACACUGCAGAGGGAAAAAGCUCCCUUAAGACAUUUCAUCUGUAUCAAAUGAUUGUCUUUCCAGAUUAUAACCUUUAUCAGAUAAAGACCAAAUUUUAUCUGCUCAAGGAGAAGGCAUACAAGUAUAGGAUAUUAAUUGAAAAGGAGAUUGAUGAAUAUCAAAUCGAUAUCGACUUGGGGGGAGGAGGCUCAGGGCAGAGCGGUCAUCACGAGGGGGCGGCCAGUGAUCCUUUCGGCAACGAGAGCACCCCCCCAGAAGAGGAUAUCUACCUGGAGAGUGACCCAACUUCCCACAGAGAACACCCCCCCCUCUACCACUGCAAUGUUAGCGGCAAUGUUAGCGGCAAUGUUAGAGGGAAUGAAGGGGGAAAGGAGAACCCACUGAGGAGGAGGGAACCCUUCUCCGGUGGCAAGCACAACGAAAUUUGGUCCAGAAGCUCCUCCCCCCAUGUCGCCCUACCGGAGUUAUAUAGACUUAACAAGGACACAAACUUAACCGUUCGCGAUGAUGGGAAGUUAUCCAGAAGGAUGACGAACAGUCUAGUAGCAGCAACAGGAGGGGAAGUGAAAGGUGGCAACCCCAUGGAAGGGAACCAUGAGGACGAAGCUGAGGAAGACACAGACCAGUUUAAGCUCCAGCUGAUUGUAAAAAUAUAUAACGGCAUUGACAGAAGAAUUAAGCAGGUGCAGAAGGACAUCAUGCACCUUGUGAAGGUUCUGAAGAGAGAGGAAUCGGGGAAGCCUACAAGCCCGCAAGCCGGGAUCAGCGGGUUCUCCCUGGAACACCUCUGGAAGUACACCACGGAUGCGUACAAAACGUUGGAGAGCAAGUUUUACAAAACGGGGGAUAAUCGCUACGGUGCGGAUAACCCAUACCGUGGUGAUAACCGCUACUCCCGCUUCAGCGAGCUACACACCCAACAAGGGAGAACGGAACUGCCACCAACCAAACUGCACAAACGGGAAGAGAAAGCUGAUUGGUUUCCGCCGAACGAAUGGGACACUCCCAAUGAGGAGAAUUCACCCGAGGGACACAAAAACCAAUCCAGGAAGCUCAUCCAUGAUAUCCUCUUCGACAUGUGGCUCUGCGAAAUGGAACUCGGAAACAUCGAAGAUAUUUACACCACCUAUUUGUGCAACUCCAGGCGAAAGAAAAACUUUAUUACAAACAUAGACGCCCCUGCCUUCGUGAAAAACAUCUCGCAGCAGAUCUCCAGCACGAUACUGCGCUACAUGAACUUGUGA